AGGAAAUGGUGGGUGGAAAAUGUUUCCCAGAAAAUCCUCAUAGGAAGCUUCCUCGAAGCUCACUCCCCCACUACUGCGCUCUUUUAAUACUCCCCCUUCCCAACUCCAUUUUCUCCUCAGUUUCCUCCCUCUUUCUCUCUCUCCAACCCAUCCAUUUCCUGUUCUCUUUCUCUAAAUCUAAGAAGUCAUGAAGCUCUCCAUCGGAACCAUCUUUGGCUCCUACAAGAAGCCUUCAAAGAAGAAGAGCCGUUCGAUCUCUCGCAGCGACGCCUCCACGGCCACCUCCUUCUCCUCCGAAGACUCCACAUCCUCCCGCCUCCGAUACACCCCCCGCUCCGUCCUCCCCCCUUCCUCCGGCAAGAAUCCCUCCGCUGCCGGAUCCGACGACCUCUGCUUCCUCUCCUCCGCCUCCUCCUCCGUCUCCGACCUGUUCGCCGUCUUCGACCGCGACGGCGACGGCAAGAUCACGCGGCACGAGCUGCAAGCCGUCCUCCGCCGGCUCGGCGGCGCUGAUCCGCCCACCGAGGAGGAGGUGGCGUCGAUGGUGGCGGAGGUCGACCGCGACGGCGACGGGUGCAUCAGUUUGGAGGAGUUCGGGGCGAUCGGGUCGGCCUUCGGCCCGCCGGCGGGAGCGGAUCUGCGGGAGGCCUUCGCCGUCUUCGACGCCGACGGCGACGGCAAGAUCUCGGCGGAAGAAUUGCUCGGGGUGUUCAUCACGCUGGGGGACGAAGGGUGUACGCUCGAGGAUUGUCGCCGUAUGAUCGGUGGAGUCGAUACGGACGGCGAUGGAUUCGUUUGCUUCGAAGACUUUGUCCGCAUGAUGGACGGCCAGAGAUGAUAGAUUAAUGAUAAUAUGAUCUUGUCGCGUCUCAUGUGAUACUCGUUGGUUUCUUUUCUUUUCUUGAAGAAGAAAAGAAAGAAGUAAUAAUUUUGUAACUAUCUUCUCUAUAAAAAUCAACUAUGGGUUUAUCUUUUAUGGUUUAUUAAUACAAAUAUCUUUCGACUGUUCUUUGGGA